CAUGUAUAAAAACCUAUUGAGGGCAUUUCGGUUUUUAACCACAUCUCGCACCGUUCAAUCGAGAGAAAAUGGUGUCGCUGAAGCUACAGAAGCGGCUCGCCGCCAGCGUACUCAAGUGCGGCAAGGGCAAAGUCUGGCUUGACCCUAAUGAAGUCGAUGAGCUCUCCAGAGCCAAUUCGCGUCAAAACAUCAGGAAGCUUGUCAAGGAUGGUUUCAUCAUUAGGAAGCCAACCAAGAUCCAUUCUCGAUCCCGUGCUCGUCGAAUGAAGGAGGCAAAGAGAAAGGGACGUCACUCUGGAUAUGGUAAGCGCAAGGGUACUAGGGAGGCAAGGCUGCCAACUAAAGUACUUUGGAUGAGGAGAAUGAGAGUGCUUAGGCGCUUGCUUCGCAAGUAUAGGGAGUCAAAGAAGAUUGACAAGCACAUGUAUCAUGACAUGUACAUGAAGGUAAAGGGUAAUGUUUUCAAAAAUAAGCGUGUUUUGAUGGAGAGCAUCCACAAAUCUAAGGCUGAGAAGGCCAGAGAAAAGACCUUGUCUGACCAAUUCGAGGCUAAGAGAGCGAAGAAUAAGGCUAGCAGGGAAAGAAAGAUAGCUAGGAGGGAGGAGCGUUUUGCUCAGGGACCAGGAGAGAAAGUAGCACCACCUGCUGCUGCAGCCCCUGCACCUUCGUCACAGGCAGCUCAGGGAGCCAAGAAGGCAAAGAAGUGAACUUUUUGACUCAGAUUUAAGGACUGGCGGAUUCCUAUCGUCUUUAUUUAUUUUUGUUUCUUUGUAUGACAAUUCAGGUUUUUUGACCUCUGUACUAAAUCUUUUCUUAGAACUACAUUAGCUAUUUCAAGUUGAAUUGACUAUUGAGAAAUCAUGAUGACAAUUGUCGUCGUAUGUUUACAAUGAUUUUUAUAAUGUUGAAAAAUUGUUGGGGGGGUUUGCCCGAGUGUCUUUAGUAUA